UUCCUGGUUACCCUGCAACUGUUGUUAACAGUUCAACAUACUUGUAUUUGGAGAAGUAGGAAUGUGAAUUGUAGUCCUAAACUACUGGAGAGAGGACGAUGGAGGACUUCAGACGGACGUUCGUGCGCCUGUGCAAGGAGAGUGGCAUGGAGCCCCAGGAGUCUGUGCUGACCCAGCUGCACGAGGCCUGCGGCGUGGCGUCCGGCACGGGCACCUCCACCAGGCUGGACCUGAGUGGGCACAGCCUCUCCGCCGACACCUGUGCCGUCCUGGGCCGGGCGCUGAGCAACGACACGGCCCUCACGGAGGUGGUGCUCAGUGACUGCAUGCUCAGCGAGGAGGGUGCCAAGCUCCUGAUUAGCGGCCUGUGCUGCAACGCCACAAUCAGGCUCCUUGAUCUGAAGGGAAACAACCUGAGAGGCUCUGGGGCCGAGGCACUGGGCAAGCUGCUGGUCCGGAACAAGACGAUCCGCAGGCUGGUCCUGGAGUGGAAUGCCCUGGGCAUGUGGGACGAAGGCUUCUCCAUAUUCUGUGAGGGCUUGGCCACCAACUGCCACCUGACACAGCUGGACCUGCGCAAUAACCAGAUCAACCACCAGGGGGCGGCCGAGCUCGCCAUGGUGCUCAAGAGGAACAGUGUCCUGCAGGAGCUUGACCUGCGGUGGAACAACAUUGGCCUGCUGGGAGGCCGGGCUCUUCUGGAGGGUCUGCAGCAGAACCGGACUCUUUUCCGCCUGGAGAUGGCUGGGAACAAUGUGCCUAGUGACACAAUCAAAGCCUUGGAUCAGGCCAUCAAUCACAACGCUGACCGGCUCAACACGCUCAGGGAGAGCCGCAGCAAAACCACAGUGCUCAGCAAGGAGAUCCAGAUCCUGAAGGGGGAAAAGAACCGGCAGUAUAUGAGUCUGAUGGAAACCAUUGACAAGCAGAGGGAUGAGAUGGGCCGAAGCAGCAGGAACACAACGUUGCGUGUCGGGCAGCUACAGGAGGCUCUGAAUGAGAAGAAGUCUGCCGUUAACUCGCUCACAGCAAAGUAAGAUCACGAUACAGCCAGUGCAGU